AUGUGUUUGUUUUUCUUAUUUUCUUUUGCAAUUAUUGAUUUAUUGCGUGUCGGACAUCAUUUGGGUUCUGCUACAGAAAGAUCGUCUCAGAUUAUGGGUAAAGGCAGUAAAAAUUCUGAAUCAUCUGUACUAGUCGAAAAUCAAGACAAAGAUCGAAGUGCAACUCGUGAAAUGAUUGAGAACAACAGCAACAAAAAACAAUAUACUUGGGAAGAAGUCCGUCGUCACUCGAGUAAAACAGAUCGAUGGCUUGUCGUUGAUAAGCGGGUUUUCGAUGUCACUCGAUGGACAAAACAUCCAGGUGGACAAGUUAUUCUAAAUCAUUACGCUGGACAAGAUGCAACGGAAGUUUUUCAUGCUUUCCAUCCGGACAUAACUUUGGUAGAAAAAUAUCUCAAAUCGUUCUAUAUCGGUGAUGUUGUCGAUGAUACGGAAGAUCACGAUCAAGCAUUGAAACGUGAUUUCGAACAAUUGAGACAAAAGGCUCUUUCAAAGAAACUCUUCCAGCCAAGUCGAUUCUUUUUCAUCAUAAGCUUUUUACACAUUCUUGUGUUUGAAUUCGCGGCUUACUUCGUUCUCUUCCGUUUUGGAACGAGCUGGAUACCGUAUUUAAUCACACUGCUUUUCUACGUCAUCGCCGAAGCACAAUGCGGUUGGCUUCAACAUGAUUUCGGUCAUUUAUCUGUCUUCAAAAAGACCGCAUGGAAUCAUCUAUUUCAUCAACUAAGCAUUGGAUUGAUCAAAGGAGGUAGUGCAGAUUGGUGGAAUAACAUGCAUUUUCAACAUCAUGCAAAACCGAAUGUUAUCGACAAAGAUCCCGAUACGCGCAUCGAACCUUUAUUUCUAUUGGGUGAUACGAUUCCAAUCCGAAAAGCUCAACUGAAUGCAAAAUAUGGAAAGAAAAUGCCAUAUAAUUGGCAACAUUUAUAUUUCUUCGUCGUCGCUCCACUCCUAUUUCCUGUCUAUUUUCAAUUCAUGACAAUACGCCAUGCCGUCAAACGACGAAGAUGGAUGGAUGUCGCUUGGUUAUCUUUAUACUAUAUCAAAUUCUUCACGUUAAUGCCCUUAAAACUUGGCUUUUUCGGAGCAAUCAAACUUCACUGUAUAAUCCGAUCGUUGGAAGGUACUUGGUUUGUCGUUGUCUCUCAAUCUAAUCAUGUUGUUAUGGACGUUGCACACGAUAAUUCGAAGCUGUCGUGGGUACGAAUGCAGUUAAGAGCAACGUGUAAUAUUGCUAAAUCAGCAUUCAAUGAUUGGUUCACCGGCCAUUUGAACUUUCAAAUUGAACAUCAUCUUUUUCCAAUGAUGCCACGCCAUAAUCUUUAUAAAAUUCAACCGGAAGUCAUGGAUUUAUGUCGGAAAUAUAAUAUUCCGUAUGUGGUUAAGCCGAUGGGCCGAGCCUUUGUGGAUAUUUUAACAUCACUCGAAAAAUCUGGUCGAAUGUGGCUUGAAGCCUACGAAGAAUUAAUGGAACCCACGCGAACAAAAAUAGACUGA